UAUCCGCCACAGAUGGAGGGGGCACGGAUCAGCGGUUAACUUCGACUGGAGUUGAUCUUGGGGUUCGGAUUGCACCCGCUUCCUAGUGUUCGUAAGCCGCCGACAUGGCUGAGGCCGAGGGGGGCUCCGAGCAGGAUGAUGUCUCGUUCUUGCGAACGGACGAUAUGGUAUGUCUGCAAUGUACAGCAACAGGAGAAAGAGUAUGUUUGGCAGCCGAAGGUUUUGGAAACAGACACUGCUUUCUGGAAAAUAUCGCCGACAAGAAUACGCCUCCAGAAAUGUCAUCAUGCGUCUUCGUCAUCGAACAAGCUUUGUCUGUUCGAGCUUUGCAAGAGAUGGUCACAGCCAUGUCUUCCGAAUCAGGUAAAAGUACCCAAUCCGGUCAUAGAACCCUUCUGUAUGGUCAUGCAGUUUUGCUUAGGCAUCAAAACAGCAAUAUGUACCUUGCCUGUCUUUCCACAAGUUCCUCCAAUGAUAAAUUGGCAUUUGAUGUAGGCUUACAAGAGCACAGUCAAGGGGAAGCGUGUUGGUGGACAAUCCACCCGGCUUCGAAACAACGAUCUGAAGGUGAAAAGGUCAGGGUUGGAGACGAUCUCAUUUUGGUGAGCGUAGCAACAGAAAGAUAUUUGCACACAGCACGCGAAGGUACUGAAACUAUAGUAAAUGCAAGCUUUCAUUUGACUCAUUGGUCUGUAGCACCUUUUGGCACUGGAUCGAGCAGAGUUAAGUCAGUGGGUUAUGUGUUUGGAGGCGAAGUUUUGCGAUUUUUCCAUGGUGGCGAUGAGUGUUUGACGAUUCCACCGACAUGGUCCGAGGAACCAGGACAAAACAUGGUUGUAUAUGAAGGAGGAGCAGUACUCAAUCAAGCUAGAUCUUUGUGGCGAUUGGAGUUAAUUAGAACGAAAUGGGCCGGUGGAUUCAUAAAUUGGGGUUAUCCCCUUCGAGUUCGACAUAUUACCACUGGAAGAUAUAUGGCUUAUAAUGAAAAUCGUGAAGUUUACCUUGUAAACAAGAAUCAAGCUUCUGUCGCUGCAACAGCUUUUGGUCUAAGACAAACUAAAGAUGAUAAAAAGAUUGUCCUCGAUGAAAAAGAAGAGGAAGUUCUUGGAGCACCCUUGAUCAAGUACGGUGACACUACAGUUUUCUUGCAGCAUCAAGAAACAGGAUUAUGGCUUUCGUACAAAACUUACGAAACAAAAAAGAGAGGUGUGGGUAAAGUCGAAGAGAAACAGGCUAUAAUGUCCGAAGAAGGCAAAAUGGAUGACGGUUUGGAGUUCAGCCGCUCUCAAGAGGAAGAGUCCCGCACAGCUCGCGUCAUCAGAAAAUGCAGCUUUUUGUUCAACAGAUUCAUAUCGGGCUUGGACUCUCUUCAGCGGCAGCAGGGGGACGUGGUACAAUUCACGGCAGCAGAUCUGGAGGAAGUUAUUCACUGUCUGGAAGAUCUAAUCGCUUACUUCGAACAACCAGAAGAUGAUAUUGAGCAUGAAGAGAAACAGAACAAAUUGAAAGCUUUAAGAAAUCGACAGGAUCUAUUCCAAGAAGAGGGCAUUCUCAAUCUGAUUCUCGAAACCAUUGACAAAAUCAACAUGAUCUCCAGCACGGGUUACCUCAUUGCUUUUACUGGAGAAGAAUCCGCUCAACUGUGGGACGCCAUUUCUGGUUAUUUGUACCAACUGCUGGCAGCUGUGAUCAAGGGCAACCACACUAACUGUGCCCAGUUCGCUCAGGCAAACAGAUUGGAUUGGCUGUUCAGCAGACUUGGUAGUCAGCAAGCCGCGGAAGGAACUGGUAUGCUGGACGUAUUGCACUGUGUUUUGAUUGACAGCCCUGAAGCUUUAAACAUGAUGAAAGAAGAUCACAUCAAAGUCAUCAUUUCAUUGCUUGAAAAACAUGGAAGAGAUCCAAAAGUUUUGGAUGUAUUGUGUUCACUGUGCGUCGGUAACGGAGUAGCAGUAAGAAGCAGUCAGAACAAUAUUUGUGACAAUCUGCUUCCAUCUAGGAGUUUACUUCUACAAACCCGAUUGGUUGACCACGUGGCGAGCAUGCAUCCAAACAUCUUUGUGGGCAAAGUAGAUGGAUCAGCCAUGUUCCGCAAGUGGUACUUCGAGGCCAUGGUCGACCACUGCGAAAUGAAGUCUCACCUCGAGCCGCAUUUCAGAGUCGGCUGGGCCAACACGAAAGGUUACGUCCCUUACCCUGGAGGUGGCCUCAAAUGGGGUGGUAACGGUGUUGGCGAUGAUAUUUACUCCUAUGGCUUUGAUGGCGCUUACAUGUGGGCUGGUGGCAGAUGCAAUAAAGUUCGACAAAUCGAUUCUUCUCCGUAUAUACAGAAGGGCGAUGUCAUCGGUUGCAUUUUAGAUUUAAACAUCCCUCUCAUGACUUUCACUGUAAAUGGCAUAAGAGUCAAAGGGGCUUUCAGAAAUUUCAACACGGAUGGAAUGUUUUAUCCAGUCAUCAGUUUUUCAGCGAAACUCAGUUGUCGAUUCAUAAUGGGUGGUGACCACGGAAGGCUUCGUUACGGUCCUCCAGAAGGCCACUCACCCCUCGUCGAAUCCCUCCAGCCCAAGCAGAUCCUUUCUGUCGAUCCGUGCUUCGAAUUUGGAGAACUGAGCAAAGGAGUCAUUGCUGGACCCUCGCUGGAAUUGGAUGACACUGCUUUCGUUCCAUGUCCAGUGGAGACACACGGAAUAACUCUUCCUUCAUAUGUGGAAAAUGUUCACGAUAAACUUUCUGAAAACAUUCACGAAGUUUGGGCGAUGAAUAAAAUUGCUGCGGGCUGGUCUUAUGGUGAGAUUCGAGAUGACGUUCGGAAAAAGCACCCUUGCCUUACUUCUUUCGAUAGACUGCCUAUGGCUGAGAGACGAUAUGACACCACUCUGGCUCUACAGACUUUAAAGACCAUCGUAUCUUUGGGAUAUCACAUAACAGUCGAUAAACCGCCUGCAAGAAUCAGAAGCAUUAAGUUGCCAAACGACCCUUUCUUGCAGUCCAAUGGAUACAAGCCAGCACCAUUAGAUUUGCACGCCAUAACAUUGACUUCAAAAAUGGAAGAACUUGUCGAAUUAUUGGCUGAAAAUACUCAUAACGUGUAUGCUAAAGAGAGAAUUCAACAAGGCUGGACGUACGGAUUGAGCGAAGAUCCUGCUUUGAAGCGCAGUCCACAUUUAGUGCCUUACAAGAACGUUGAUGAUGCUAUAAAGAAAGCAAACAGAGAUACUGCAAGCGAAACAGUAAGAACUCUUCUAACAUAUGGGUACAUUUUAGACCCACCAUCAACAGAAGCACUGGAAGGGGCAGUUGGGAAGAAAGAUCAAGUGAAGUAUGACCAAAGAACAUACAGAGCUGAAUCUACAUAUGCUGUAACAACCGGUAAAUGGUAUUUCGAGUUCGAAAUCAUGACUCCGGGGCCAGUGAAAGUGGGCUGGGCCACGUUGCCUUUUAUUCCAUCCGUCGAGUUAGGAGGAGACGAGCAUUCCUGGGCCUAUGAUGGGCAUUUGGGUUGCAAAAAGCAUGCUGGUGGCACAGAAGGAUACGGUAAACAAUGGGCAGUUGGGGAUGUUGUCGGAUGUCUUUUAGAUCUCCACGACAGAACAAUAAGUUACUCUUUAAAUGGAGAACUGCUGUUAGAUGCAAUGGGUGGUGAAACUGCUUUUAGUGAUAUACCCGUUGAUGAAGGAUUCGUACCAGCUUUUACAUUUGGAAUAGGCCAGAGGGCAAAGCUUGUCUUUGGCCAGGAUGUAAACAGACUAAAAUACUUCACUGUAUGCGGUUUGCAAGAAGGCUACGAACCAUUCUGCGUCAACAUGAAUCGCAACAUGACUUUCUACUACAACAAAGACGAGUCCAUCUUCAUCAACGUAGAUGACAUGGCAGAGUCCCCAGUGGAAGUGACGAGAAUUCCACCAGGAACUGACACGCCUCCAGCUCUCAAAAUUUCCCACCGCCUUUACGAAACUGUCGAUAAGGUUAAUUAUGAAUUCGUGAGGCUCAGCCUUCCCGUGACUUGUAAUGAUGAAUACAUAGACGAACUUGGAAAAGCUCAGAAUUGGGAGGAAAUUCGUCGACGUCAGAGGGGAAUGCAAGGAGGAAGAAUGGGAUCAAGGCAUCCAGCUAAUUUGGAACAUCACAUGUUGAAAAGUGGCUUCAGUCUUUCUGAUGUUAAAGAUCUCCAAAGAGGCUACUCAGAAGAUGCCGCCGAAGAACCACCUCCACGAAUGACUAUGCCAAAGCGACAUUCUAUGGAUAUGGCUAUGAGUUUAACAGUUCCAGAUGGUGACCCAUCCAAAAUGCGUGCCACAUCGAGCGAGGACCUCCACAAGAAGGCCAUCGACAGUGGGGCCGAAAGUGACGUGACUGGUAUGGAACCGGACAGGCCGAAGCGAAGAGGUCGCUCGCCUUUCCGAUUUUUCAAGAAAAAGGACGAAAAGACAAGUCCUCAGGAUCAGUAUCCGGAUCAACACUUGAGGAAGGAUGUUCCAGGAACUACUCUGACAGUGGCACCAACCACUUUGCGGGCAUCAGCAACAGAACUGGUUCCACCAGCUGUUCCAGAUAGACCAUCAGGACUGGGUCCUUCUGCAGCUGAGAGAGCAAGUUCACCUCGACGCCUUUCAAGAGUACCUACUGAAGUCACACCUCCAGAUGAUGGAAGUGAUUAUCUGGAUUCCUCUUCAUUGGACUUGUGUGAUGAGUACUUUUAUGGCAUUCGUAUCUUCCCUGGACAAGAGCCCAACCAUGUGUACUGUGGGUGGGUGACGACCACUUUUAAGCAGUUUGACACCUCCUUCGAUACGAACAGAACAAGGAAGGUUGUGUUCCAAGGAUACGAAGAAAAUUCCAUGCAAGAAAUCAUGGAUCGUCAAGACUGCUACAUGGUGUGUGCAGGUCAGCUGCAUUCCGAUGUUUCUCAGGGAGAUGCCAGCUCUCGAAGUUCUAACCAAGGAAUGGUGGUCGGUUGUCAUGUUGAUACAUCGAUGGGCAUUUUGACUUUCACAGCCGAAGGACAGGCCACUCGAUACAGCUUCAAAGUGGAGCCAGGAACUAAAUUGUUCCCAGCUGUCUUCUUCGAAGCAACGAGCAAAGAAGUGCUUCAGUUUGAACUUGGACGAACUCUGACUACCCUUCCACUUUCAUCUGCAGUUUUGCGAAGCACAGAAAAACAUUUGACACCACAAUGUCCUCCAAGACUAAAAGUUCAAUGCUUACAACCUUAUCAGUGGGCUCGAGCGCCGAAUAUAAACUUGAAACCUCACGCUUUGAAGCUCUCCGAUAUCCGAGGUUGGAGUAUGCUUUGUGAAGAUCCCGUGUCUAUGCUGGCCGUUCACAUUCCGGAGGAAGAUCGCUGCAUAGACGUCUUGGAGCUCAUAGAACGAGAGAAAUUAUUGAGCUUCCAUGCUCACACGUUGGCUCUUUAUGGGGCACUGUGCUUCCAAGGCAACCAUCGGGCUGCACAUAUUAUCUGUGCCCAUGUGGAUGAGAAACAACUGCAGUAUGCAAUCAAGUCAGAGUAUAUGUCUGGACCUCUCAGGACGGCUUUUACCGACUUACUCAUCGCAUUGCAUCUAGAAUUCCAUGCCUACGCAAGGAGCUUAACUCAAAACGAGUUCAUUGUACCACUGGGUGCUGAUCUCCGUGCUAUGUACGAAGAACCAGCUUCUGCGCAUAGUUUGUCGACAAUGCAAUAUUCAUCUAUCAGACCUGAAAUGACCAUGAGUCCCAUAGCAGAGAAAAUAGUAUCUCUGAAAGAUUUAAGCACACCUUACUUCCCAAUGGAGAGUCUGAAAUUAUUCGUCAUGGAAGCCCUCGACGAUGCUGUGUGCAAAGGAAACAGACCGAACAGGGAUCCUAUAGGAGGCAGCAAUGAAAACCUUUUUGUGCCACUUAUAAAACUUGCUGACAAGUUACUCUUGAUUGGUCUUUUCCAAGAUGAAGAACUUCAGCGGCUGCUUCGUUUAAUUGAUCCUGAAAAUUUUGAUCCAGAUUUCAAUCCAGAUAACGAAAUGCGAGGUAUGCUGUCAAUGAACAUAGCGGAAGGAGUGAAACUUCAAAUGUGUUAUUUGUUGCAUCAUCUGUUCGACUUACAACUAAGACACCGAAUCGAAUCAAUGAUCGCUUAUUGUGACGAUUACGUGGGUGAGCUUCAAAGUGACCAACUUCGACGAUACAUCGAUAUCAAGCAGUCAGAUAUGCCAUCUGCAGUAGCUGCAAGGAAAACAAGAGAAUUCAGAUGUUCUCCAAAGGAACAGAUGAGGGCGAUCUUGUGCUUUAAGAACUUAGAAGAAGAUCAGGCUGACCAGUGUUCUUGUGGAGAAGAUCUGAGGGAGACCCUGAUCGAGUAUCACGACGAACUCGUCUCGCGAAUCAAGAGCGUCUGCUCGUCCGAAGAAGUGGAAGAAACGGAAGAAAAGUCCGAAGAGCCAUCCAAGCCCUGGACGCAGAGAUUGCUGAACAUAGUGAAAAUGGUGAAAGCUGCUGAUCAGGAGCCCGAAAAGGCCGAGAAAGAAGGCCCAAGAGCUGAAGAAUUGCUGCAAAAGAAAAUCAUUGCUACAGUAAUAAAUUGGGCUGAAGAAACGGAAAUAGAAAACAGGGAACUAGUUCGUCAAAUGUUCUAUUUGCUUCUAAGAGCUUUCAACGGUAUUGGGGAGAUAAUGAAUGCAAUGGAAAAUACCUACACUAUCAGUACUGCAAGUAAAGAUGACGUCGUGGUUCUCCUCGGUUACUUGCAAAGAGUUCGAUCUCUUUUACCUGUCCAGAUGGGACCAGAGGAAGAAGAAAUUAUGAGAAAUAGCUUAUGGGCUAUGGUGAGCAAUCGAGUAUUUUUCCAGCAUCCGGAUCUGAUCCGAAUUCUGAGAGUUCACGAAAACGUCAUGAAAGUCAUGAUAAACACUCUAGCAAAAAGAGCGCAGAGUGAUUCUGGGCCUAAUACUUCCCACGAGAUGGUUGUAUCUUGCUGUCGAUUUUUGUGCUUCUUCUGCCGUACUGGAAGGCAAAACCAAAAAGCUAUGUUCGAGCAUCUUGGUUUUCUUCUGGAGAACAGCAACAUCCUUCUUUCUCGUCCAUCUCUGCGAGGUUCCACUCCUUUGGACGUGGCCUACUCCUCCCUCAUGGAGAACAGUGAAUUGGCUCUAGCACUGCGAGAGCACUACCUGGAGAAGAUCGCCAUCAACUUGUCCCGUUGCGGUCUGCAGUCCAAUCAAGAGCUGCUGGACCGUGGCUACCCGGAUGUCGGAUGGGAUCCUCUAGAAGGAGAGAGAUACUUGAACUUCCUCAUGUUCUGUGUAUGGGUCAACGGUGAGAGCGUGGAGGAGAACGCCAAUCUUGUCAUCAGGCUGUUGAUCCGCAGGCCAGAAUGUCUUGGUCCAGCCCUUCGAGGAGAAGGCCCAGGGCUUCUGGCGGCCAUCAAGGAAGCCAUAGAAAUGUCAAAGAAAAUCACUGCCGACCGACUAGCAAAGGGCGAGGCUUUACCCGACGACGAAGAUUACAUAGACAUGGGAUGUGCCAUACUGAACUUUUACUGCGUGCUGGUCGAUCUGCUGGGGCGCUGCGCCCCAGAAGCGGCUGCUAUUGCCCAAGGCAAAAAUGACUGCAUCAGAGCACGAUCCAUCUUGAGGUCUUUGGUGCCCAUGAAGGAUCUUGAAGGAGUUUUGAGUUUGAGAUAUAAUUUGGUUACUCCACAAGAGGGUGAAAGUGACAUGCCCAUCGGCUUACAACCGAAUCACAAACAAUCCAUAGUGCUCUUCUUAGAGCGUGUUUAUGGAAUAGAGAGUCAAGAAACUUUCUUCAGAAUCUUAGAAGAUGCUUUCCUGCCAGAUUUGCGAGCCGCCACGAUGCUUGAAAGGUUUGACGGAUCUGAAAGUGAAAUGGCGCUUGCCCUCAAUCGUUACAUUGGUAACUCCAUUAUGCCAACUCUUAUUAAAUACUGCCAUUAUUUCGGAGACGCAGACAACUAUGCCAGCCUUCUCGAUGCCACUCUGCAUACGAUUUACAGACUAUCGAAAGUAAAGAUUUUGACCAAAGGUCAACGUGAGGGAGUGUCUGAUUUCCUUGUCGCUUUGACUCAUGAAAUGCAGCCAAGCAUGCUGGUGCGUUUGUUGAGGAAACUUACAGUUGAUGUGUCAGUCCUCACAGAAUACACAACUGUAGCUCUCAGGCUCUUGACACUUCAUUUCGAGCGCUGUGGCAAGUACUAUGGGGCACCAGGUGGCCAGGGAUCUUACGGAACUGCAUCCGAAGAAGAAAAAAGACUCACCAUGAUCCUCUUCACGAACAUAUUUGACUCCUUGGCAAAAAUGGAAUACGAUCCAGAAUUGUUCAACAAAUCAUUGCCCUGCUUGACAGCCAUUGCUUGUGCUCUUCCCCCCGACUAUUCCCUCACUCAGAGCGGAGAGGAUGAAUUAUACAAACACUCCGGACCAACAGAUGGGCCGUACACACCGGAACCAAUCAAUACCUCAGCAGUUCAGCUGACCCCUGAUUUGACAGCCGUCAUUGUGAAAUUUGCCGAACAUUAUCAUGACGCAUGGGCAAGUCGGAAGAUGUCUAAUGGCUGGACUUAUGGAGAUUACUGGAGUGAUGAGAGGAAACUACAUCCACGGUUAAAGCCGUACUCACUUUUAGGAGACUGGGAGAAAGAGCGCUACGAAGAGCCCAUUCGUGAAUCAUUGAAAGCACUUCUAGCACUGGGAUGGAAGCUCGAGAUCAGCGACGCAGCGCGUAGUUCUCUACCAAGGACUACAAAAACGACGGAAACACCUCACACAUACUCUCCUCAGCCGGUGGAUAUGACCAAUUUGACUCUCACAAAGGAAAUGCAGAACAUGUCUGAGAGACUUGCCGAAAAUGCACACGAUCAGUGGGCCAAAAAGAAGAAAGAAGAAUUAGAAGCAUUGGGCGGUGGAAUUCAUCCUCAAUUAGUUCCUUACGAUUUACUGACUGACAAAGAAAAAAGGAAAAAUCGUGAACGUUCGCAAGAAUUCUUGAAGUACCUUCAAUAUGAAGGUUACAAAGUACACAGGCCGGGUAUGUCCGAUCAUGCUGAUACAGCCCACUCCACUAGAAUUGGAAGGAAAGCAGCACCAGACGAAGGGGCCCCGUCCACACCGGUUGCCGAAGAACGUCGCUUUGCAUCCUCGCUUCUCGAGAAACUCAUCCAGUACAUGGAUAUCACGGCCAUCAGCAUGAAACUCCUUAAACCCAGUGGAAAUUACAGCAGAAGAAUGAGUUUCAAAACGUCGACAAGAGAUGUUAAAUUUUUCAGUAAGGUGGUUCUCCCACUCAUGGAAAAAUACUUCUCAUCGCAAAGGACAUUCUUCUUGGCAGCUGCAACAAGUACAACGGCUGCCAGCAACGUUGGAAUCUCCACUGUGAGAGAAAAGGAGAUGGUUGCAAGCCUUUUCUGCAAGUUGGCUGGAAUCCUGAGAUCCAAAAUGAGUGUGUUUGGAAGUGAUGCAAGAAUAUCCGUCAGGUGCUUGCAAGUACUGAUCAGAGCUACAGAUGCAAAGACAAUUGCAAAGAACUGCCCCGAUUUUGUGAAGACCUCCAUGCUGACUUUCUUCAACCAAGCGGCAGACGAUCUGGCUCAGCUGGUACAAAACUUGUCCUUAGAAAAGUACAGCCAUCUUAGAGGAACAACGAUGAAAACAUCAUCUUCUCUAAAUUACAUCCAGCUGGUUUUGCUUCCUGUGCUGACUGCUCUGUACGAUCAUUUGGGAGCCAAUGAAUUUGGAAGCGAUUUACUUUUGAAUGAAGUUCAAGUUGCUUGCUACAAAAUUCUAAACAGUUUGUUCACCUUGGGAACAAAAGCAGACCUCAGCAAUAGCAGGAAAUUCAUCAAAACUGAAUUGAACAGGCAUCGUCCGGCGUUGGGUAACUGUUUAGGCGCUUUUGCGGGAACAUUUCCCGUAGGAUUCUUGGAACCCAUGCUAAACAAGCACAACCAAUAUUCUAUCCAUGGAAAGCUGCAAGAAACAUCACUUGAAGCUCAAGCUGUCAUGGCGGAAAUGGAGCAAAGCAUGCCAACAAUUGAUGAUCUUAUGUCUCAAGUUGAAAAAUUUGUGGCAACUGGAAAAUAUUCCGAAACUCCUGCUGUGAUCGAUGUUAUCAUUCCUAUGUUGUGCAGCUAUUUACCCUUCUGGUGGAGUCAAGGUCCAGACAACGUCAAUGUACAAUCUGGAAACCACGUAACCAUGGUAACAAGCGAACAUCUGAACAGUCUGUUGAAAAAUAUUUUGAAUUUGAUUCGAAGAACAGUAGGUGAAGAAAAUGCUCCGUGGAUGGUCAACAUAGCAGCCCACGCUGGUCAGAUUGUGAUCAACUCAUCGGAGGAGCUUCUAAUUGACCCAGUGCUUCCUUUGGCUGAGAAGAUUUGCGCUCGCGCGGUGGCGGUAUUCCAUAAAGAAGAAUCCAUGAGAGGAUAUUUGAAGUCGGCAACCGAAGAUACAUCUCAAGUGGAAGGACAGUUGCAAGAUGAAUUUAGCUUGCUGGUCCGUGAUGUGUAUGCCUUCUACCCUCUAUUAAUCAAAUAUGUAGAUUUGCAAAGAGCACACUGGUUGAAACAUAACAUCAAAGAAGCUGAAUCGGUGUACAACUGUGUGGCACAAAUAUUCAACAUAUGGUCCAAAAGUCAGUAUUACCGAAGGGAGGAGCAGAAUUUCAUAUCUCAGCAUGAAAUAGACAACAUGACUCUGAUCAUGCCUGCAGCCGCCGGCAGAGGAAGAGCCAGUGUCCAGAAUGUCCCGCAAACUGCAACUUCAUCCAAAAAGGUUAAAAAGAAGCGUGACCGUGACGUGAAGCGUGACAAAGAAAAGGAGCUCGCAUCGAGUCUGAUGGUGGCUUGCUUGAAACGUUUGCUGCCAAUCGGCUUGAACCUCUUUGCUGGAAGGGAACAAGAAUUAGUGCAACAUGCUAAGGAUAUGUUCCUCAAAGGAAAAGUUCAAGAAUACGAUAUCUUCGAUUAUAUCAAAUUACAGCUUACCCUUCCUGAUAAGAUUGAUCCAAGCGACGUCAUGAGUUGGCAGCAUUAUUUGUAUAGUAAAUUAGGAACCAAACGAGAAAGCACACAAAAAGUAUCACCAGAUGAACUAGUAGAAAAAAUUAUAGACAUGGCUAAAGUUCUCUACGGAUUGCAUAUGAUUGACCAUCCUCAAGGUCAAAUGAAGGGUCUUGUUCGCAGCGUUGUUUCCUUGCAAAGAAAGCGAGCUGUGAUUGCUUGUUUUAGGAUGACAUCACUUCACAGCUUACCAAGGCACAGAGCAAUCAACAUUUUCCUGCAGAUCUUCAAAGAAAUGUGGCUAGAAGAAGAGAACACGGGCCAGGAGCAGCUCAUUGAAAACUUAACGCAAUCCUUUGAAGAUGCCGAGACCAAAAAGGAAGCAGAAGAGGAAGAAGAAAAACCAGAUCGUCUGAGUCAAUUGGUAGUCGCUUUUUGCAGAAAUGCAACAACAGAGCAAAGUGGUGGAAUGAGUGAAGAUGACUUGUACAUGCAUUACGCCGAUAUCUUCAGCAAGAGCUGUGGUGGAGCCGAUGAAGAUGAAGAAGAAGAAGACGGAGAAGAGGAAGGUCCAUCCAUCCAUGAACAAGAAAUGGAAAAACAAAAAUUGCUGUUCCAACAAGCCAGGCUUGCUAACAGAGGCGUGGCUGAAAUGACGCUUCUCUACAUAUCUGCUUGCAAAGGUGUUCAAAGUCCAAUGACGAUGAAUACACUAAGGUUAGGUAUUUCCAUUCUGAAAGGUGGUAAUGUGGAUAUACAAAAGCGUAUGUUGAAACAUCUGAAAGAAAAGAAAGAUGUAGGAUUCUUUACAUCUGUUGCUGGUUUAAUGAAUUCUUGCAGUGUACUGGAUCUGGAUGCCUUCGAAAGAACUCAGAAGGCUGAAGGUCUGGGAGUUGGAUCCGAAGGAACAGCCGGAGAGAAGAACAUGCAUGACAAGGACUUCACCUGCGCUCUCUUCCGUUUCCUGCAAUUGCUUUGUGAAGGUCACAAUCUCGAUUUCCAGAAUUAUUUGAGAACACAGGCUGGAAACACAACCACUGUAAAUGUUGUCAUCAGCACCGUCGAUUAUUUGCUGAGAUUGCAGGAAAGUAUCAUGGAUUUCUAUUGGUACUAUUCAAGCAAGGAUAUAAUCGAUCAGCCAGGAAAAGACAACUUCUGCAAAGCCAUCACAGUCGCAAAACAAGUAUUUAACACCUUAACUGAGGUUAUCCAGGGUCCCUGCUCUCUGAACCAGCAGGCGUUGGCACACAGUAGGUUAUGGGAUGCUGUUGGCGGUUUCCUUUUCUUGUUUGCGCACAUGCAAGACAAAUUAUCCAAGAAUGCUAGUCAGCUAGACCUUCUCAAAGAACUGUUGGAGCUACAGAAAGAAAUGGUUAUCAUGAUGCUCAGUAUGCUUGAAGGUAAUGUUAUGAACGGCACCAUCGGAAAACAGAUGGUGGAUACUCUCGUAGAAUCAGCGAGUAACGUAGAGCUCAUCCUCAAAUUCUUCGAUAUGUUCCUGAAACUUAAAGAACUUACAUCGUCGGCAACUUUCCAGGAAAUUGAUUCCAAAAAUACUGGAUGGAUCUCACCCAAAGAUUUCCAGAAGGCUAUGGAACAACAAAAGAUUUACACUGCCGAAGAAAUUCAGUAUUUGAUGGGAUGCUGUGAACCAAAUCACGACGGCCUGAUUGAUUAUAGAGAAUUUACUGAAAGAUUCCAUAAUCCGGCUAAAGAUAUCGGUUUCAACUUGGCAGUUCUUCUCACCAAUCUGUCUGAACAUAUGCCAAAUGAUCCAAGAUUGUCUCGUUUCUUGGAAACUGCUAGCAGUGUACUGAACUAUUUCGAGCCAUUCUUAGGAAGAAUAGAAAUUUUAGGUGGUGCUAAUCGAAUUGAGAGGGUCUACUUCGAAAUUAAAGAAAGCACUAUAGACCAAUGGGAAAAGCCUCAAAUCAAGGAAUCCAAGAGGGCCUUUUUCUACUCUAUAGUCACUGAAGGAGGAGACAAAGGAAAAUUGGAGUCAUUCGUAAACUUCUGCGAAGACGCUAUUUUUGAGAUGCAACAUGCCAGCAGUAUCUCUAUGGAGGACGAGGAAGAAACCCCAACCUGCGCAUCAGCUUAUCCAUUCCCCGGGUCCGAUGAGGAGCCACCAUCAGCUUUCGAUCCAAUUAAGAAAGGACUCGUUUAUGUAAAGAACCAAGUUUUCGGCGUUCUGUCUUACCUCACGCCAGCUAACAUUAAGAAGCAAAUCGCUAUUAUGAAAACCAAGACAUUCCCCGAGCUCAUCAAAGGCUUUUUCUUCCUUUUGUUUUAUACAUUCUUUUAUUCAGGAUGGACGUUUUAUUCAUCUAGUAGGAGUUUAUUCCAUUUGAUACUGCUUUUGAUGGGAGGCCAGGCACUGGUAGAGCCUGUGGAAGAGGAAGUGGAAGACCUGAAGCAAGACGUCUGGGGCAAACCUAGUGCAAUGCCUAUAGAAGCUCCACCCCCGUUACCGAUAGAAGCGGCGCCGCCAGAACCUCAGCCUGAAGCCGGAGACCGACCAAUGCAAGCUUUCGGAGUGGACAUCACAAAAGACGAAGCCGGAGGAGAAGCAAAGUAUACGAUGUCGAAGGCAAAGGCAGAAAUGACACCGCAGUCUAGUAUUGACCAGUCCGAUGCAGAUGUAGCUGUAAGUGAAGAAGACGGCAAGAAAACACCAGACAAAGCUUCCGCUGAAGAAUCUGCUCAGGCCGGAAAGGGCGAAGAUGGCAAAGGCGAACCACCAGCUGUUCCACCUGAGCAAGCUGCUAUGGUUAUGAUGGCGACUCCAGAACCUGUUAAAGCUACAGAAACACCUGCUGUGGCAGCUAUUAACUUUAGAGAAUAUGGAAGAAAACUCGUGAGUUUCUUGGCUCGAAAUUUCUAUACCAUGAAAUAUUUGGCUUUGGUAAUGGCGUUUGCAAUCAACUUCAUUUUGCUUUUCUACAAAGUCACGGUUCCUGGAGCUGAAGACGAUGAAGAUGAGGAAGGAGAAGAGGAGGAUUCGGACGACAACGGCGGCGGUAUAUUCGGAAACGUUUCAUUGGACGACAGUGCGAUCUUGGGAGACGAUGACGAAGACCUCGAAGAAUGGGUGGUGAUAGAGGAGAAAGUUUUCUACUUGGAGCCGGUCAUUCGAAUCCUCGCAAUAAUCCAUUCCAUUAUCUCUUUCUGUAUGCUGGUGGCUUAUUACAAUCUGAAGGUGCCUUUAGCCAUUUUCAAGAGGGAAAAAGAAAUCGCUCGUUCAUUGGAAUUCGAUGGCUUGUACAUAUCGGAACAACCUGCGGAAGACGAUAUCAACGGACACUGGGAUAAGCUGGCCAUAAGUACAAAAUCUUUCCCGGUGAAUUAUUGGGACAAAUUUGUGAAGAAAAGGGUGCGUGAAAAGUAUAGCGAAACUUAUGACUUCGAUUCUAUCAGUAACUUGUUAGGCAUGGACAAGGGAAGCGCCUUUUCUCAGGAAGAGGAACCAUCGGGCAUUUGGGGCAUAAUCACAAGUAUGGACUGGAAGUAUCAAGUAUGGAAAGCCGGUGUCACCAUCACAGACAACGCCUUCCUUUACAAUACCUGGUAUUUCACUUUCUCUGUGAUGGGUAAUUUCAACUUUUUCUUCUUCGCUGCACAUUUACUCGAUAUAGCUGUAGGUUUCAAAACAUUGAGGACCAUCUUACAAUCCGUCACACACAAUGGAAAACAGCUGGUGCUCACUGUCAUGUUGUUGACCAUCAUUGUAUAUAUUUACACUGUUAUUGCCUUCAACUUUUUCCGAAAGUUUUACGUUCAAGAAGAAGACGACGAAGUCGAUAUGAAGUGCCACAAUAUGUUAACUUGCUUCGUUUUCCACUUAUAUAAAGGUGUAAGAGCUGGCGGUGGCAUUGGUGAUGAAAUUGAUCCUCCGGAUGGUGAUGAAUACGAGACGUGGCGUAUUCUUUUUGAUAUCACAUUCUUCUUCUUUGUCAUUGUCAUUCUGCUAGCUAUCAUUCAGGGUUUAAUCAUUGACGCCUUCGGUGAAUUGAGAGACCAACUUCAAAGCGUAGUGGAUGAUAUGGAGUCUAACUGCUUCAUAUGCGGCAUAGGAAAAGACUACUUCGAUAAAGUGCCGCAUGGUUUCGACACGCAUGUGCAAAAAGAGCAUAACCUUGCAAAUUACAUGUUCUUUCUUAUGCAUCUUAUUAAUAAACCUGAUACAGAAUACACGGGUCAAGAGACCUACGUGUGGGAAUUCUAUCAAAAGAGAUGCUGGGACUUCUUCCCGGUGGGUGACUGUUUCAGAAAACAGUAUGAAGAUGAACUCAUGGGAGGAACGAGUUAAAACAGCGCGCAGAACCGUUGAGAGCAGAGAGCAAUUGAAGACAAUCCAAAUUUUUUCCAGUUUUGGCACUGAAAAACAAAAUCGGCCAUGGCAAGAAAAUGAGGACGGCAAUCAAGGACUGUUGAAUAUUUCAACAACUGUAAAAUGUUUGGAUCAUGUGAGAUGUCUGUGCCCUUGGAUGUGUCAUGUCUAAAUAUACAUAAAAGUAUUCUCAUACGUUAUUUUAAAUAACUUUUAAUUAAUAGAAAUUCUUACUAGCUAGAGAUCUGUGUACAUAAUACGGAUAAAAGGGAAAAGAAAUGUGAAAGUGUGAAAAAAAAGGUGCGUCUUGCAGAAACUAUGUGGAUUUUGAUUGAUUUUUAUUUAUUAUCAUCUUUGUCUUUUGUGUUUUAUUAAAAAAAGUAUGUUGCGUGUA